AUGCCUACUCCUCAAGUUCUUAUCCACAUAGUCGAUCAACCUCACGUUCCUGAUAUGGUUGGUCCAACACUUGACGCUAUUGCUAUCGAGAACCAAGCCACAAACAAGCCUACUGUUGGAAUCUGUGAUGUACACGCCAUAGAAUACUUCUACAAACUGCCACGAAAAGAGCCCCUUGGAGGCAGGCCGAGAUGGAGGUGGGUCGACUCCGUCUCCAGCAAGAUCGAAGACAACGGCUCCUACAAGACUGAGGACGGCCUUGUGUUCGACCUCGCGCCACACGCUGUGAAGAUACCAAAUACACACAUAACUUAUUAG